AUGGCGGCAUCUUCCGGAGAGUCGUGGCAAGUGUUCAUCAAUUUCCGGGGAGAAGAAUUGCGCGGCAAUUUCAUCAGCCAUCUUGAAGGAGCCUUAACGCUAGCUGAAAUCAAAUACUACAUCGACACGAAAGAGGUCCCAAGCGAAGAUCUCACCGUCCUUUUCACGAGGAUCGAGCAAUCGGAAAUCGCACUGUGCAUCUUCUCGAGCAAGUACGCUGAAUCGAAGUGGUGUUUGGACGAGCUUGUGAAGAUCACUGAACAAGUUGAGAAAGGAAAACUCAGAAUCAUCCCCGUCUUCUUCAAUGUCACACCUGAGGAAGUUAAAGAGCAGAAGGGUGAGUUUGGGCUUAAGCUCUACGGAGAAGGUAAAAGGAAAAGACCUAAUAUCUCUGCUUGGGAGAACGCUUUGGAUUCUGUUCCAAGCAAGAUAGGCUUGAAUCUGAAGAAUUUUAGGAACGAGAGAGAGUUCGUUGAUAAGAUCGUUGACUCUGUCAAAAGAGUGCUUGAGGUGAUUCCUCUCAACGGGAUUUCUAAAGAUCUCUCAUCUGUAAGUGACUCUAAUGGUAACAUAUCCUCUAGCCACAUCGAACAGCCUAAAGCGCUUCCUCUUGACUAUGGAAUGGAACAAAGGCUUAAGCAAUUAGAAGAAAAGUUGGAUUUUGAUAGCCUCGAAACUCAAAUUGUUGGAAUUGUUGGGAUGCCUGGGAUUGGUAAAACCGCUCUAGCUGAAAUGCAUUUCAAGAAGUGGAACAACAGGUUUGUGUUUAAAAAGAUUAUCCGGGUGAUCCGUGAGGAGAUAAAUGACGAAUCAGAUUGGUUGAAAGAUACACUUCUGAAUGGUAAAGAAUUGAAUCAUAAGGCUCAAAAUUUCAAAAGGAAAAUUUUUGUUGUUUUGGAUGAUGUGAGCCAUAAGAACCAAGUAAAGUUCUUACUUAAAAAUCUCGAGUGGAUUAAGAAAGGGAGCAAGAUUGUCAUUACGACGCGUGACAAGUCAACGAUCGCAGAACUGGUUCACGAUAUUUAUAUUGUCCCUGGGCUGAAUGAUAAAGAUGCCUUGGAGCUCUUUAAACAUCAUGCCUUUAACGAUCAAGAUUCCAGUAAAACAGGGAAUUUACUGAAGCUAUGCAAAAAGUAUGUGGAUUAUGCUGGGGGCAAUCCAGGAGCCCUCAAGGAACUGGGAAAGGAGCUUUGUGGAGAAGAUGAGGCUCACUGGGAAGCAAGACUGGCAACACUGCCACAUUGUUGCAAUCCCAAGAUCCAAAGUGAAUUGAGAAUCAGUUAUGACAAACUAAGUGAACAGCAGAAGGAUGCGUUUCUCGACAUCGCUUGUUUCUUCAGAUCAGAAGAAGAGGAUUAUGUGAAAUGUUUACUGGACCCAUAUGGCCCUGAUUCUAGUGAAGUUGUUAGAGAUCUUGCUGAAAAAUUGUUGAUAUGCAUUUCUGCCGGCCGAAUAGAGAUGCAUAACCUACUGUGUACAUUUGGCCAGGAACUUGGUUCAUCUGAUGAAAAUAAGUCAGGGAAAAGAAUGUGGAAUCAUGAAAAAAUUAAAAACACCCUACGCUCUGAACAGAUCAUCCUCAGUCAGAGAAUAAAAAAGGUGAGGGGUAUAUUCCUAGACACGUCCAAACUUGAGGAUGGAAUCCCCAUAGACCCGGACAUUUUUAUCGAAAGGUUCAACCAGCAGAAUCUGCGAUACCUCAAAGUAUAUGACUCUGUUUGUCCUAAGCAGUGUGAUGUUGACUGUAAAGUAAACUUGCCUGAUGGACUGGAGUUCCCGUUUCAAGAGAUCAGAUAUCUCCACUGGCUGAAAUUUCCAUUGGAUGAACUUCCACCAGACUUCAACCCAGAAAAUCUCAUUGAUCUCAGGCUGCCUUACAGUAAGAUUAAACGGGUUUGGGAAGCUGUUAAGGAAACGCCAUGGUUGAAGUGGGUUGAUCUAAGUUAUUCAAACAAGUUGACUGACCUGUCAGCAUUAUCAAAGGCGUUUCAUCUCCGGAGAUUAAAUCUUGAAGGCUGCACUGUUCUUGAUAAGUUGCCAGAAGAGAUGAAAAAUAUGAAAAGUCUUGUUUUCCUUAACCUCAGAGGAUGCACAAUGCUGUCAUCUCUACCAGAAAGACUGGAUUUAGUCUCCCUGAAGACUCUCAUCCUCAGUGGCUGCUCAAAAUUUAUCAAUUUCGAGCUGAUUUCUGAAAAUCUUGAAUUUCUACAUUUAGAUGGCACUGCAAUUCAGAAUCUUCCUUGGGCCAUCCAAAACUUCCAGAAACUUGUGUUAUUAAAUCUCAAAGACUGCAAAAUGUUGAAGUUUCUACCGGAAUGUCUUGACAAGCUGAAGGCUCUUGAAGAACUAAUACUCUCUGGUUGUGGUAAGCUUACGAGUUUUCCUGAUACUAAGGAGAAAAUGGAAAAUCUGCAGAUUUUGCUACUUGAUGGGACCAAAAUAAAAGAGUUGCCCAACAUAUUAUUACACUCUUGUAACUUCAAAGGCCAAGUGGUAUUGCAUCGGUCACCUGGGAUGAAUGGUCUAUCCAUGCUGCGGCGUCUAUGCUUAAGCAGAAAUGAGGAGAUAUGCAGCCUACACUCUAGCAUUAGUCAACUCUAUCAUUUGAAUUGGAUCGAUUUAAAGUAUUGCAAGAAUCUACUAUCUAUUCCAACGCUCCCACCUAAUCUUCAAUGCUUAGAUGCACAUGCUUGCAACUCACUAAAAGAAGUAGCGAGUCCUCUGGCCCUUCUUAUGCCAACGCAGAAGAUCCCCUGCUCAUUCAUUUUCACUAACUGUGAGAAAUUGGAGCAAGACGCAAAGAAAGAAAUCAUAUGCUAUGCUCACAACAAGAGCAGGAUGAUUUCAGAUGCAUUAAAUCGCCACAAUAAGGGUCUUGCUUUUGAAGCUUUGGUUGCCACCUGUUUUCCUGGAAGUGAAGUUCCUGCUUGGUUUAGUCACAGAGCUUCUGGAGCAGUGUUGGAUCCUGAGCUCCCUCGACAUUGGAGUAAAAGUGGGUUCGUUGGAAUAGCUCUAUGUGCUAUUGUCUCAUUUAAAGACCACACAAUUCAAAACAACAACCUCCAGGUGAAAUGCAUAUGCGAGUUCAACAAUGUUGAGACAUCCUCUAGCUACUUUAAUUGCCAUGUUGGAGGAUUAUCUGAGACAGUUGACGAACAACGUAUGAUUAAGUCGACUCAUGUAUUCAUCGGUUACACCAAUUGGUUGAAUAUCAACAAAUUUCAAGAAAAGGAUGGUGAGAAAGAAUGUGUUCCUACUAAGGCUUCCAUUAAAUUUGAAGUGAUAGAUGGUACUGGCAAGGCUUCAAAUUGCGAGGUAUUGAAAUGCGGUUUUAGUUUAGUAUUUGAGUCUGGUUCUUGGGAGGCAAGCUCAAGGAGAGAGGACUUGGAACAAGUAGAGAACAGAUGGUUGGGUCCCUUGAGAAGAAUAAGAAGGUUUCUUCCAUUAUGAUUGAAUAUUGUGGUGCAAUCACCGCGAGGGAUGAUAGGUUGAUGGUGAAGCUAGCUGUAAUAUGUAGCUUCAUAGAGAGCUAAUUUAGUAGCUUCUCUUGUCUACUAAUCUUUAAUAUUUUUAACAAGAAACUGAAAAUACUAAAACUUUUUAAUCUUUUAUAUGUUGAUGUGUUAUUGUACAACAUUUUGCUUCUCAUGUCUCAAUACUAAAACAG